AGUGUUAAAGUCGAUUAAAAAGUAAAAGUAUAUUGCAAGAAUAAAGAUUACUGUGGAAAAUAUAAAAUACAAAUAGAAGAUAAAUAUAUAGAAAAAUGAAAUUGUGCAAAGGCUAACAGCCAGUAACUGACUGACCUUUAUGUGUGUCAACAUAAUAUGUUUUUAUAUCUUAUUAUAUGAGCAGCAUCUGGCUUGUGAUUCGAUGGUACGCCUGUAGUGCGCUGUACCUCCCCUCACCAGUAGGUGGCGACAGAGCGCCACCUCGUGGUUUGACAACCGCCAAACGUUACAUGAAGAAGAAUGCACGUCAACGAUUCAACAGCGCGCGGGAAACCCGGGUGAGAAGAGGAGAUGGAUGCCCGCGGAGAGCUCGACGAAGAGGCGGACCACCUCCCUCCGUCGGCUUUGAAACUCUACGAGACGCAGUUCUUCGGCUUCACCCCGCAGACAUGCAUGCUGCGGGUCUACAGCGCCUUCCAGGACUGCCUGUACGACAUCCUGCCCGUGGUGGAGAAGGUGUGCGUGAGGCAGCUGGGUAAAGGCGAGUCUACGGAGGCCGAGGAGCUGCUCCGGUCUCGGGCCCGGGAGUGCAGCCGGAAGCUGCAGCAGUUCCUCGAGGAGCGGUUCAAGCAGCUGUCCGGGCGGAUGGAGGCGCUGCUGGCCGACCGCUGCUUCUCCGUCCCGCCCAACGUGCUGCUGCCCGAGGACCAGCUACACAAGACCUACCCCCAACACGUACAGGAGGUGCUGAGGCGGGAGUCGUCCCUUGCUGACCUCCAGAGAUCCUAUGAAGCAGAAGUUUGUGCCAGACAGGCCCUGCUAGCUGAGCUGGAGGAGCAGAGGGAGGUGCAGAAACAGCUGGACGGGAUUCUGAUGUGGGUCAGAGAGCUCCAGGCGGCCUGGGUGAAGGAAGGUAACGGCAGCUUCCACGACAGUUUCCGGCUGGUGAUGGAGUCCGUUAAGAAGCUGCAGGAGGCCGUCGGGGAGGUCUGCAACAAGGCGCCUCAUUGAGCUGGACUCACAUUUGUUUCAUUUUGUAAACAGAUGAUAAAUCAACAAUGAAUUCAUGCAACAAAGAAUGUAAAUAUCAUAGAACUGCACACAUUAUCUUUCUCUUCUGUUGAGACCGUUGGCCAACGUUAACAACAGUUUUUGUCUAGUUGGACAGUAAGUUUGAGCCACUGUUUGUCAAGAAUACAACGUUCAUUCCCUGUGAAAAGAAGACAAGGACAAUAAUUCCAAAAUAUGCUUUAUGAACAUCUAUCAUAAUUUAAUUAUUAACUACACAACAGCAACGUCAGCUAAUAUUAGUCUAGUUAACCUUUGUAAAUGUAAUGUAAAUAAUAAAGUAAAUGAAUGUAUCUCUGCCACUUUAACUGAUUUUUAAUACUCCUUAAUACUUUUUGUCAUCUACUGUACCACCCCAUUCACUCAUCACUGUUGCAAAAACUCAGAACACUUAUUAUUUUAUAACUUGGUUUAUACGUUGGGGCUGGUCAUAUUUUUGUUUCAUUUGAUUUCACUGGAUAGCAUUUGAUUGUUGAGGCGUUUAUGAUAUUGUGUCCACUGCCUGGAGAGCUACAGAUUUAAGUUGCAGUGGUGUCCACCAGAGGGCGCUCUCUGCACGUUAACAUCGCUCACCCAAUAUUAUCUAGUUGAUAAACUAGCAACUGAACAUUCAUAACAUUUUAAGGUCCUCCAAGAAUCCUGGUUUUGCAAUUAAAAGAUCAAAGUUGGAGACACUGAACAUUUAUUUACAUUUACAAUUCUGUUUUAUCCAGCCUUUGCUUGAAGGUUUGACUGUUGUUUAAAAUGUUCGAAUUCUUUUGAAUUCAAAUAAAAUUAACUAGUUUACAGCACACACUAGACUGUACAAUGUGCCAAGCAUCCCUAUGAAAUUAGGAGCAACACUAUUGGUUCAUAUUGCAUAAUUGGGCCAAGAAAUAGACAAAAACAUUUUUCUAGUUGUGAUGUAUAAUAUAUAUAUUGAUGGAAUUUGGUUUGUCAAGAGUACACAUUUGCUAACACUAUAGGUUAUUAUCAUUACUAUUUCCUUAAAAUAAUAAAGACUUAUUGAUUAUUAAAAGCUUCAGUUUCAGGUCCUGGUGUUGGGCUUUCUGGCUCACUGUCAUGACUUUCUGGGACACUUGCAUAUAACAGAGCUAAAGGUAAUGUUUAUCAAUACACCUGUGUCAACAUGUUUUUUCUCCAUCAGGACAGUUAGUUAUAGUAAUUUAUUUCUUAAAAAGGGCUAUAUGAUCAUUUCUUCUAAUUACUGUUUUUAUUGAUUGGUACUUUUAUUUUCUGUUAAGCAAACUGAGUUAGUUAUAUGAAAAUCAUCAUAAAGACUGCAUACUAUAAUUUAAUGUAACAGUGGGAUCAUUUCUUUUAACUUCUUUCACUAAAGAAACAAAAGUGAUUUCACAGCGAUAUGAAUUGGACAGUAGGGGGCGCUAGUGUUUAUCUAUUUGCUUUGUGCAGGAUGAUGCAUCACAGAGUUCACACCACAGCAGCUUCAAAAUGUGUCUUUAAUGUCUACUGCUACCAGAAAAUUUGACUUGUGUCUUAUUAGUUCACUUAUUACCGCUGUCAUCACGGGUCAGGCUACUCAACAAGGAUUUAACGGACAGAAUAUUUGUUUUGAUGGUCUGGAGUUGAAAGAUGUAAUUACAGCCUCUGAACGCCCGACUCACAUGGGAAGGUGAAAAAAUAAUCCUUAGAGCUUUCAAUAAAACAUUAAUUACUGUACUCUGAUAUAUUAAAUAUCAUUUAAUAGUUUAUUUUUUUAUUAUUGCAAUUUUCUUAUAUUCUAUAUUUAUGUUUCUUGAUUUUUGGACUAACUUUUACUUUAAAUUAUUUUUUGCUGUCUUACUUUGUUUACCUUACUAUGUUGAUGUUAUGCACCAUAACUCCAAAGCAAUUUCCUUGUGGAUACGUGAUAAC